CUGCUCGCAGGCAGGUCAGCAGCCGCCCCGGAGGAUGGACAUCAGGCCGAACCACACCAUCUACAUCAACAACAUCAACGACAAGAUUAAGAAAGAAGAACUGAAAAGGUCCCUGUAUGCGUUAUUCUCCCAGUUUGGUCAUGUGGUCGACAUAGUGGCUUUAAAGACUAUGAAGAUGAGAGGACAGGCUUUUGUUAUAUUUAAAGAACUUGGAUCGUCUACCAAUGCUUUGAGACAACUACAAGGCUUUCCGUUUUAUGGGAAACCAAUGCGUAUUCAGUAUGCAAAAACAGACUCUGAUAUUAUCUCUAAAAUGCGUGGUACUUUUGCUGAUAAGGAAAAAAGGAAGGAAAAGAAGAAAGCCAAAACUCUGGAGCAGUCCGCAAAUGCAGCGAAUAAGAAGGUUAUCCAG